AAGGGAAGGGAGCGGAGAACUGGACCCUCCUGCUUCCAGCAAAAAGUGCUCCGGAUGGAAAAGGUCACAUGAAUCAAUAGCUAUGUGUACGUGUGCCUAUUGACUCAAAUUGCUGCUGUCACAUCGAAUUCUUUCUUAAUAUAUCUGUCCUGUCCUGCCAGAGAGGGCUGCUGCACCAGAAAGAUGAAUGUGGGCACAGCUCACAGCGAAGUGAACCCAAAUACCCGAGUCAUGAACAGCCGCGGCAUCUGGCUCUCCUAUGUCUUGGGAAUUGGCCUCCUGCAUGUGAUUUUGCUCAGCAUUCCUUUCUUCAGUGUCCCUGUUGUCUGGACUCUAACCAACCUCAUUCACAACAUGUGUAUGUACAUUUUCUUACACACUGUGAAAGGAACACCAUUUGAGACUCCCGAUCAGGGGAAGGCCCGGCUGCUCACUCACUGGGAACAGAUGGACUACGGAGUGCAGCUCACAGCUUCUCGCAAGUUCUUGACUAUCACACCAAUUGUACUUUAUUUUUUUACCAGUUUCUACACAAAAUAUGACCGGGUACAUUUCAUCAUCAACACCAUCUCUUUGAUGAGCGUCUUGAUCCCCAAGUUGCCCCAGCUGCAUGGUGUCCGUAUCUUUGGAAUCAACAAGUACUGAGUUUGGGGCGGGGGAGGUCUUUUCUUUCCCCUCUCCUUUUUUCUGGUGAGAUAUGAUAUACCAGAGUGAGAACCCCACUUUCUUUGCUCUGCUGCAUCUUCAGGUUAGGAUUGCAGGAGAGCUCUUCUUUUCAAGGGGCACAUAUUGCACAGGAUUGCAAAAACCAGCAAAACGUAACCAGCUUUAGGCUUGCAAAGAGACAAGAGGAAGCUGAAACGUAUGAUAAUUUAAUCUUAUUAUUUCUUCUCAAGAAACUGAAAAUAGAUGCAGACAACACUGCUAUGUAAAAGGUACUUAUCAUUUGUUCUCUGGUAGGAAAGCAUUCUGUUCAGAAGGACAAUAGAAGCCUGAUUCAAGGCGACAUUUAUUUAAGAUGAUAAAUGCACUUUAACAUCAAACUGUCCCAUUGGGGGAGUUUGACUUGCUCAUUGAAGGGCUAUGUCAGAAAAAUUAAGCUACAGCCUAUGAAAAGAAUAGUCAGAUUUCUCUCAAUUGUUUAUAAAUACCUUUAAUGAUGUAAAGGCAGGAUUGGGGUAGAAGGAAAGAGGCAGGAAGCAGAUGAAAUGCUUGCCCUUGGUUUUGCAGUGAUGCUGCAGUUUGAAUCCCAGCUUCCCCACUGCACUCCUGGCCAGAGAAUUAUUGGCUGAAUGAUCAGCCUCUUGGAGCACAAAUAGUUUACUGUGAAGUUACAUGAGAGCAGAGAUGAAGAAGACAAGGAAUGUGGCUAAAAA